CUCACAUCCUCUGCAUCACUCACUUCCUGUGCAUGCUGAGGCAGAUCUGGGCAGUCUUGGCACAUUUACAUACACACUCAUCUUCUGUCAACUGUAACGUUCCACUGGAGCUGAGCCCGCGUCUUUUUGUCCGCGAUCCUCGCACUUCCAUCAUGACCCAGAGGUGAUCCUCGUUCCCGGUGGUUCUGGUCCUCAGCUAUGAAGUCAACUGUAGUAUAAUAAAAGCCUGAUGUCUUGAAUGAAACGUCUUGGACUGCAUGAAAGUCAGAAAUGUUUAUCGUAGCAAACUUCUAAUGGUUUGAUCAAGUAGGCCCUUGACUGGAUAAUUGCUAAAGAAGAUAAAACAAGCUUUCCAGGAGUCCAGGUCUGCGGUGAGAAAGCGUGAAAGAGAGAGGCCUCUUUUUAGGUGAAAGGAUUGCCCAGGGCCACGGCGGCCAGAAUCUGAAGGAAAGGAGAGCAGCAGUUAUCCAGGCAGGACUAAAGAUCAUUAUGGAGAAGGAAGAUCUGAAGAUUGUCAACAGGGGUUUGGAGGAUGAGAUGGAGCUGAGCGGGUAUCGGCUGUGCCGAUGGAAGCUGGUUCUGGUGGGUCUGGGUGGUCUCUGCACAGGUGGUUUUCUCUUCCUCCUGCUCUAUUGGAUGCCUGAAUGGUGUGUGAAGGCCACCUGCACACGGUCCGCUGUCAAAGACGCAGAUGUCGUUCUCUUACAAAGCACUGAUGAGUUCAAGCGCUGGUUUCGAGCGAAGGUUCGGAUAACGCUGGCCCCUGGGAAGGACCCUUAUGACAACCUGGCCUUUCAGACCGCCUCCCCUCUGGCCAAUGACCACGCCCACAAGCCUUCUGACUCCGCCCCUGAAAAAAUCACCCAGAAUCCAGAGGACCAGCAUGUGCCGAAACGUUAUUUUACCCUCCACAGCACUAAAUACUUUUGGAAUGACGCCAUCCAGAACUUUGAAGUAUUGAAAGGCCUGGAAGACCUGAGCAUGACCUGCUCAUCCGUUCACUCAAAGCACAGCGCCGGGCUCAACAAAAACCAGCAGGAGUACAGGAGUUUUUUUUUUGGACUGAAUGAAAUAGACGUGAAAGUGCCUUCUCUUUUCAAGCUGCUUAUUAAGGAGGUCCUCAAUCCUUUCUACAUCUUCCAGCUCUUCAGUGUUAUCCUGUGGUGUACUGAUUCAUACUAUUACUACGCAAUGGCCAUAGUCAUCAUGUCAGUCAUAUCUAUAGCUACCUCUCUCUACACUAUUAAAAAGCAAUAUGUAAUGCUACAUGACAUGGUGGCAGCACACAGUACUGUUCGAGUUACAGUCUGCAGGGGAGAAAACGAAACAGAGGAAGCCCUGUCCACAGACUUGGUCCCCGGUGAUGUCAUAGUCAUCCCCAGCAAUGGGACCAUCAUGCCCUGUGAUGCAGUGCUCAUCUGUGGAACCUGCAUUGUUAAUGAGAGCAUGCUCACAGGUGAGAGUGUUCCAGUCACAAAGACUGACCUUCCGAACCCUCAGCAGGACAAGAAGGGUGAGGAUGGGGACGCGAUCUACAGCACGGAGGAACACAAGAGACAUACGCUGUUCUGUGGCACAAACGUCAUACAGACUCGCUACUACACUGGAGAAAUGGUCAAAGCUGUGGUAGUCCGAACAGGUUUCAGCACCGCUAAAGGGCAGCUCAUCCGCUCUAUCCUGUACCCCAAACCCACAGACUUCAAGCUGUACCGGGACGCUUACCUCUUCCUGCUCUGCCUGGUGGCCGUUGCCAGCGUCGUCUUCAUCUAUUCUUUGGUCAUGAAAAUCAUAAAUCAGGAAUCUGUAAAGGAAAUCAUAGUCAAGUCUCUGGACAUCAUUACUAUCACUGUGCCCCCUGCACUGCCGGCAGCAAUGACAGCGGGCAUCGUAUAUGCUCAGCGGCGUCUCAGGAAGGUCGGGAUAUUCUCCAUCAGCCCACAAAGAAUCAACAUCUGUGGACAGCUGAACCUGGUGUGCUUUGACAAGACAGGCACUCUGACAGAAGAUGGCUUGGACAUGUGGGGAAUUCAACGAGUAGAAGAUGGCAGAUUCCAUCAUUCAGAAGAAAAAGCCGACGAUAAGAGCUUGGUUACUACCAAGUUUGUGUCGUGCAUGGCCACCUGUCACUCCCUCACCAAGAUUGAGGGUCAGCUCUCUGGAGAUCCACUAGACCUCAAGAUGUUUGAGGCCACAGGCUGGAUACUGGUGGAAGCUACAGAAGAGGAGACGGCUCACCAUGACCGCAUUGAACUCACUUAUGUAAAACCGCCCAAUCAGCUUCUGCCGCCAUCUGUAAUAUCACCUAAACAGGACAUGGAACUGUCUGAACUCUAUGAGCUCUCGGCAUCAUAUAUGAUCGGUAUUGUGCGGCAGUUCUCCUUCUCCUCGGCUCUGCAGAGAAUGAGCGUGGUGGUCCGACUGAUUGGAGAGAGACGUAUGGAUGCUUAUCUGAAAGGGGCUCCAGAGGUUGUGGCAAGCCUCUGUAAGAAAGAGACAGUACCAGCUGAUUUCACCGAGGUCCUGGAGGACUACACCAAACAGGGCUUCCGGGUCAUUGCGCUGGCACACAGACGGCUGGAAUCCAAACUUACAUUUCACAAAGUGCAGAACAUUAACCGGGAUCAGAUUGAGAAAAAUAUGGAUUUCUUGGGUUUGAUCAUCAUGCAGAACAAGCUAAAAACGGAAACUCCAGGUGUGCUGGAAGAUCUACGACAUGCCAACAUACGAACCGUUAUGGUCACAGGUGACAACAUGCUGACGGCCAUCUCUGUGGCGCGAGACUGUGGCAUGAUUCAGCCGCAAGACCGAGUCAUUAUUGCCGACGCUCUGCCCCCUAAAGAUGGCCAGGCUGCCAAGAUCGACUGGCACUAUGCCGACAAACCCAGCAAACACUUGAACAAGCCCACCAAACUAGAGGAGAUGGAGAUUAUUCUGGAAGAUGGGCAUUCUGUGGAUGAGAUGAGAGUUCUGGAGCAGUAUCACUUUGCCAUGAGCGGCAAAUCGUUUUCUGUAAUAAUUGAGCAUUUCCAAGACUUGCUACAAAAGCUGGUGCUUCAUGGAACAGUAUUUGCAAGGAUGGCACCUGACCAGAAGACUCAGCUUGUUGAGACAUUAGAAAGUGUAGACUAUUUUGUAGGAAUGUGUGGAGAUGGAGCGAAUGACUGUGGGGCACUGAAGAGAGCUCAUGCUGGGAUUUCCCUGUCAGAGCUGGAGGCUUCAGUGGCUUCUCCCUUCACCUCCACAACUCCCAGCAUCACCUGCGUGCCCAAUCUGAUCAGGGAGGGCAGAGCAGCUCUCAUCACCUCCUUCUGUGUGUUUAAGUUCAUGGCCCUCUACAGUAUUAUUCAGUGCUUCAGUGUUGCCCUUCUCUACUCCAUUCGCAGUAACCUGGGUGACUUUCAGUUUCUCUUCAUUGACAUAGCCAUCAUUCUUCUAAUUGUCUUCACCAUGAGUUUGAACUCCGCAUGGAAGGAGCUUGUCGCCCAAAGACCUCCCUCUGGUCUCGUCUCCGGUCCUCUCCUCUUCUCAGUUCUGACCCAGAUUCUCAUUUGCCUGGGUUUCCAGAUCAUGGCCUUCCUCUUGAUUCGAGAACUGGACUGGUACUCCAAGCCAGAUUUCUACAACUGCUCUGCUCCCCAUCACGUGGAUGACUUCACUAACUCCACUGAAGGACAGACUAAAAAAAUAAUCAAGAGUGAUGUGAAUACCACGAUCUUCUUCAUCUCCUCUUUUCAGUACCUCAUUGUUGCCAUUGUUUUCUCCAAAGGAAAACCUUUCCGCCAGCCCACCUACAAGAAUUGGCCAUUUGUCCUCUCUGCUUUAAUUAUCAUAGUUUUCCUGUUUUUCAUCAUGUUUUUCCCGGUUGCUAAAAUCAAUACAUUUUUACAGCUCGAAUGUGUUCCUUUGAGCUGGCGUGUGUCUAUGGUGCUCAUCUUGCUGGGCAACACCGUAGUUUCUGUCUUUAUCGAGAAUGUCGUGCUUGACGUCAUCUUGUGGAAGCAUGUGUUCAGCAGAGACAAGCAGGGAAGCUAUGGCAUCUCCCCUGCAGGCUCGCCACCACAGAGAGGAAUAGACCAGUUUGGAACUAAAUGCCUCUCCUGGCUCUGCUGCCGGCAGAAAAGAGUGCCCAAGGCUCGGUACAUGCACCUUGCCCAAGAGCUGAGCGUGGAUCCCGACUGGCCUCCCAAACCUAAAAGCACUACUGAAGCCAAACCUGCCCCUCAUUCGGACGACUGCUCCUACCACAUUGAAGCCAUUUCCUAGCAUUUCCACCACACACUCUGUAUUGCACGGUCAAAACACCAGGAAUUCCUUUAAACAAAUGAAACAAAGUCUUUUUGUUGUCUCUUGUUUGACUUUUUUUUUUUUUUUUUUUUAUGGGCGGGGUUCACAGGCUGGGAACUGUGGAAGCCCCACCCACAUGGGCAUGUGGUCCAUCACCAAUAUUCCCUUAAAACAUCACAUAGACAGCUAAUGAUUCAACUUAACCAAAUGUGGCCCUUUAGAUUAUCUUCUUCAUGAUUUUAUGGACCUGUGGCUCUAUAUCACGAAGGUUCUGGAUAUCAAGCGUUAUUCUAUUAAUGUAGUAUUGAAUCAUCUCUACAGGCUGUGCGGCGGAAGCUGCAUGCCUCUCUUUGGAAACCAUCACUGCAUGCGGAACAAACCAAACCAAAUUAUAGUGGCUCACAGAAUCCAAGAUUCAGCGUAAUUUACAGCCAGCUAAUUUUUACAAAUAUAUCUGUGUAGAUAUAUAAUUAGAUAUGAUCUUUAUUUUUCAUAUCUCUUCCCAUGGAAGAAUGGAGGUGGGAAUUUAGUUGUGGAAGGCCAAAUAUUGUGAAAGUCAUUUGUGUUUUGUUCACUACUUCUGGCACAAUAUCUGGCGAUGAGUUUUGAUUUUGGUCCAUCUUGAAACUUUCUUCAUUGAAAACAGUGUCUGAAAACUGUCACAAGUCCUAUAUAUAUAUAUAUAUAUAUAUAUAUAUAUAUAAGUCAUUUUAGCAAUGACACAUUUGUAGGAAUUACACUGGGAAUCAUCUGGAAGGGGCUCAGGUGCAUUGAUUGCUCGUUGAGAAAUUUCGGGCACAUUCGUUUGGAAAAAGUACAAAUGACAGAGCUUUGACCUGGAGUAUUUGUGAGAGGUGGGUGAAUUUUGCAAUCCAAAUCAGACUGCCAAUGAAUUCACUCACAGUUGACAGUAUUACUUGUGCAUGCCUUAACAGUUUUGCUGCUAAUCUAGAAAAACAAACAAAACUAAAAAAACGAAAUGUUUUUCGAAAUCAUGCACAUGUCCCUUCCGGCUUUCCAGAUGUGAUUUAUUUGCUUAAUUUAUGCAAUCCAUUUCAACUAUUCUGGUAUUCUAUCAAACUUGCUGGUAUUUUUGUUUAUAUAUAUUGUUCCUGAAAUGAACCACUAAGCAAUAUAAGGUGAUCACCUUUUUUCCAGACAGUUUGUACUGUCACUCUGCUAAACAUCCUUGCCAGUCAUAGUGCUCGUGAAGAGUUUUGGUCAGUCAUUUCGCUGAGGUUGGUGUCUUCUUUUUUUUUUUUUUUUUUUUUUUUUUUUUGAUGGAUUUAGACAAAAAAUUGCAAAAUGAAUUGAUUUUAUAGUAAUAUUGCCUGUCUGUUGGACUGCACUUCAUUUAAUAAAUAAUAUGAGAUAAAACAAUUUGUAAACCAAGAUUAAAAUGUUUUUGGAAAAACAGGAAUGUGCAAAUUUUUAAAAAGGACUCCAUGAAGCUGAAGUUCAUACAGUAAAUCUUACAAUCUGAUCACAGGUUUUCAUUCAUGUUUGCAUUUAUGUAAUGUUUGGUCUUUAAAUUCAUCUUGAUUUAUUUUGCUGUAUGGGGCAUUUUUUAAUUCUUCAGUUUAAUCUGAAAAUUAAGGGCUGAAUCUGUCUGUCUUUUUAUUGCUCCAUUUCUGCAAUACUUUGGUACUGUUUGAUUUUUGAAAUGGUAUUGAUAAUCUGAAAUAAUUGCAAUGUGUUCUUUUCUACCGUAUUUGUCCGAUAUUGUAUCAGUAUGUUUGUUUAUAUCAUAAACGUGUUUUCUGGGCAUUCCUUGAACGAGGCAACAAAAAAAGUCUCCUUGCUCUUAUUGACCUAGGUGACAUGAUCUAUUUAAUGAUGUUUCGGUUUUAUAAACCACCGCCUCAAAGCAUCUGCUCGCAACAUCUACUGAGCCCAGAUGGAUAAACCAACACAACCUUUGUGUGUGUGUGUGUGUGUGUAUCUUUAACAGAUGUGAAUGCAAUACUAAAUGCUUUUAGGAUUGGGGAAUGUUAAAUUAUUUUCUUUUUUAAUUACUGUCCUUGUUGAUGUGGAGUUAUUUUUUUUUUUAUUAUUAGUUUAAUUUGUCUUGAUCUGAACUGUGUGGUGUGGCAAUCAGUUUCUCUUCCUCUAGUAGGCAGUAGGUCGAUGCUAGGCCUUGGAGAACAUCACUAAAUCCUCCGUCUCAGUAACAAAUCUGCACCUUAUGCAGGGUUUAAUUGGUUUUGUUCACUUUCACAUCUUCAGUUGCACACUGAAAUAUCAGUCAUGUCACUCUUUAUGUUCCAUGGCAAUCAUGUAUGUUCUGAAAAGUGAUUUUUCCAAAACUGGGGCCAUGUUCUCGUCAUCUGUAUGUCAUAUCUGCAGUUCUAUAAGAUACAAACACAUAGAAAUAAGAGUGUUUUCCAUACCGGGGGUAGUGAUUCAGUUCACACUGUUAUUCCUUACUUUUUGCUUAUUCAUUUUGUACCAUAUGUUGUAUUAAUUUUCAUGUGAGAACGGUGUUAUUAAACAUGAGCAAAAGUUCAGCCAUUGGUUCUUUUAAAACUGGAGUGGUUAAUUUCCUCAGGAAAACGUGUGUAUUUGUAAUGAUUAAUGCUAAAUAAAUUAGUAUGGAAAAAUUA